AUGUUACUAGAUCUACAUGAGAUGAAGUACUGCUAUCCUGGUGGUGUAGUGUCCUCGUAUUCAUCGUUGAUACAAUCGAGUCGCUCGCUAAUGCGGGCCUUUCGUCGCACGCUCGGUGACGCCCGCCACCACGCUUCACGACCGCUGCUGAACAGCCGACGUGCCGCGCGUCGCGGUUUGAUCGCUACUCCCUCCCUCCCUCCAACCACCCACCCUCACUCCCCACAGCUCGCUGCUUAUCUGACGCGGAAGCCCAAAGAGCAGAUAUAUUUCAUCUCGCCACUCGACAGUUUUUCUGUACUCAGCGAAUCCUGA